AAGCACAUUAUUAAAAAGAAAAAAUAAAUAAAUAAAUAAGAGGGAAUAUUAAGGGGGAAAAAAGAAAAGAAAAGAAAAAUAAUGGCUCUAUUUUGUCCUCAAUCGAUCUCUCAGUUCUCAAACCCCCUCAUCAGCAAUCGCUCGAGACCCUCGACUCGAAUCCGAGCUUCAUCGGAUGUCCCCGUCCCAGAUUACCUCUCCUCUGAUUGGCUUGAAUCUCGCAGGAGAAAACCCUUUGGUCCGAGGCUAGAUUUUAGUGCAGAAGAAGCAGUGCAAUGCCAGCUUGAUGCUCUGAAGUACAAUGAUCAACCUCGUCAGGACUAUGGAGUAGAGGUCCUGUACCGGUUUGCAGGAUUUGAUCCUUUUGAGAGGUCGCCAUAUUUUGGGCCUUCCUUUGAUCUAGGACAGUUUGAGCGUUUUAGAAGGAUUUUUCACCAUUCAAAUUAUCGGGUUCUGCUUUGUCACAAAGAGAGAAAGGUCCUAAGCAGUUUGUGGGUGAAAGAGAAUCGAUUUAAACAAAGAGUUUGGGUACAAGGGUCUCGACCUGAGGAAGAAGAGAUUUUCCAGUUCUCAAUGGUUCAGAGAGUUGGUGGUUCUUGGGAUGGAUAUUGGCUAACAGAGAGCCUACUUCAUGAUGGGGAUGUGUUUUCUGGAGGUCUUGCGUACUGAUAACUUGUGAAACUUCAUAAUAGUCCAGCGUGCUUUUGUACUUCUUUGUAUAUAUAAUAAUUUCAUUCCCCUGAGGAAUAAAUGUCACUAAAGCACACUGUAAAUAGUACUUUUAUGUAUAUUGUGAUGUGCCUUUUCAACUGCAAGAUUCUGCAUAAUUGUAUAGCAAUAAGCUAGUGGCUGUAAACACUUUUGCUCUUUUCUUAAGACUGUUAUUCUUCAAGAUGGUGUCUGAGUAAUAAAGAGUUUUGCAGUUCUCUC